AUGAAUUCAACAACUCCAAAAUCAAAUGGAAUCAAUUAUGCAAGUAUAAUUUGAAUUAUAAACUGAUGGUAGAAUUAAGAAAGCAAAGAUCAAACUAAGACACUUUACCUAAAUCAAUGUCAACCAAUAUAAAAAUGGAUAUUAAUCCUGCAUCAUAAUUUGGAGGAAUAAAGCAUAGAAGUACUUCUUAACAUAACAUUAAUGAAAUGGCAUAAAUAUAGUUAUUUGAUUAAUGUUUAGUGAAAUAAGCAAAUUAAAAUGAGUUUUUAAUUUUUUUAGAUAGAUAGAUGCAAUAUUUUAGCUAAACAACUCCAGUAAUUCAUGAAUAAUAAAUUUAGUAAAAUUUUUCAUCUUUUCGUGUAUCGAAUAAAGCAAUAUAAGAGGAAAAGAAAAAGUUAUAAGGAGAACUUUAAAAGUUUAAUUAAGAAAAUACAUUUUUGAUUAAAGAGAUAAAAGACUUAAAUAAAACAAAACAAAUGCUUGUUAAGAGAUAUGAUGCUUUAUAAAGUUUAAUAUUGAAAGAAAGAUUAAAUAACUAACCUAGAGUUCACCAAUUUAGUAAUCCUAAAUUUUAACAUCUUUUUAAUCAAAUAUCUCCAGUUUAAGAGACAAUAUCUUCUUUGACUGAUGAAAGAGUAAUAAAUUAUUAUUUAAAUUAUUUAGUUUGAGAGUAAUGCUACUUCACUUGAUUCUUCUUUAUCAUAUGAGGAUGAUUAAUCAUCUGCAUCACAAUUACUAGAUUUAUUGUAGAAGAAUUCGAAGCACAGAUUCAAUUUUCAAAAACAAAUGGUAUGA